AUGCCUGGUAGAUUUGUUAUUUGGGCACCCUCAAUGCAUAAUGAGCCUGCAUCCAAGUGUGGGUAUUGUCACGGCAAUAAGGGGGGAAACAGGGACCAGUUGUUCGCAUUGGAUUCAUGGGCCCAUCGUUAUAUGAACAAAAUGGACGUUAUAGAAAUUGAAAACUGCACAAUUGGCUCUUUUGUGGAACAUAUGGAUGUGGAGACGUAUGACCGCCUAUGUAAUAUGGGAUUCAGACGGUCCGGUAAGUUUCUUUAUAAAGUGGAUCCAUUGAGAAAUUGUUGUAGACUAUACACUAUAAGAACCGCCCCUCAAGAAUUAAAUAUGACAAAGGAAUUGAAAAAAUGCGUCAAUCGCUUUGCCACUAGAAUAACAGGUGAUGACUAUCGCCCAGCUGCUAUUCCAAGCAGUGAUUUUGUUGGCAAGAUCGUUAAUGCAGAGAUGAAUUCUAAAAAAUUCCAUACCAGAUUUGAGCCCGCACUUUAUAGUGACGAAAAGUAUCAGUUAUUUGUCAAAUAUCAGGAAAAUGUACAUCAGGACUACAAUAAUUCGGCCAAAUCCUUCAAGCGGUUCCUAUGUGACACGCCCUUUGGCCCUGAAGCGGUGCUGGGGACACAAGAAUCGUGGGAACAGUUGAACAAUUGGCAGCGUAUGAGGCCCGGUGAGAAACUGAAGCAUGUGGGGCCUGUCCACGAAUGUUACUACUAUGAGGGUAAAUUGAUUGCCAUCACAGUGUCAGAUAUCUUGCCCAGCGGUAUAUCUUCGGUGUAUUUUAUUUGGGAUCCAGAUUACAGUAAAUGGUCCUUAGGGAAGCUUAGUGCUUUGCGUGAUCUUGCCAUCAUUCAAAAGACAAAUCUACAAUACUAUUAUCUGGGGUACUAUAUCCAGGACUGCCCCAAAAUGAAUUAUAAAGCAAACUACGGGGCAGAAGUAUUGGAUGUGUGUCACAGUAAAUAUAUCCCAUUGAAAACCAUUCAGGGUAUGAUUUCCAGAGGUAAACUCUUUGUCCUGGGUGAAGAAGAGGCAAAGGUUUCCAAGGAGCUCUACAUGGUUGACACUGAUACCGGAAGAGGAGGAAUAUUUUCAACUAAUGCCGUUGUCAAGUACAAGAACAUUGCUGAGGAAAUAUACGGUGUGGAAGGCCGUGCAUUCAAAUCUGCAAAUGAGUCUGCAUUGGAAUUGAAAGAGCUCUACGGUAUACCGUAUAAAGAAGAAGACCUGGAUACCAUCUACCAUUUGAAAGAGCAGAAGGUCCAUUCUCCAAGUGGUAUUCCUAAUGUGGUGCCCGGAUUGCUCCCGUUGUGGGAGUUGCUGGACAUUAUGCAAUCCGGCAAGAUUACUGACCUGGAGGGAAGAUUAUUCUUAUUUGAAAUCGAAAUGGACGGAAUCCGACCAUUAGUGAACUUUUAUAAUGAACCUCCGAAUGUCAAGAAACGUAUUUGUGACGUGAUUAGGUUAUAUGGCUUCGAAACUUGCAUGAAAGCCGUCAUUCUAUAUAGUGAGCAGAUGUGA